GGACACUUGACAAGUAAAAGUUCAGACUUAACUCAUUCGCUGUAUUUUUAUUCUUUUGACUGUGCUGAAUUUUUCUGUGUGAACAAUGGAAGGAAAGAUCAAUGAUCUUACUUUUGAAAAAAAAGUCAAAGUCGCCUUACUUUUGGAAGUGAGAAAAGUGAUAGAAGAAGUUGGAGGAAAUAUUCAGUUUGCAUUUACAAAAAAUUCCACUGAUCUCAUCGGAGAACUUGUUUGGAAAAAACUUAUUGUUGCUGGAAGUGAUUUGGAAGCGUUUGCAAAGCACGCAAAAAGAACAACUGCUAAUCCUGAAGAUGUAAAAUUGUUAGCUCGCAGAAAUCCAAUUUUAAAAGCAUACAUAAGUGAACUUGCUGAUGAAAUCAAGUCAAAGAAAGAGCCAAGGAAGUCCAAGAACAAAAAAGAAAAAGAGUUGCCUGUACAGCAAAAGAUGGAAACAGAUCCAGGACCAUCUUCAGAUAUCAAUGAAGAAGGUGCAAAUAGCCCUGUAUUUAGAGCGGACUCACCUAUAUAUUUAUCAGACUGAAAGUAGGUAAAAUGUAGUUUUUUUAUAAUAUUUAAGGAAAUUAUUUAGAGACGACUGUUGCCCUUUGCAACAAAUGAAAAUUUAUUCUUUAACACCUUUGUGACCUGACCAAAAAUAAAAUCUGAAUAGGAAAAA